CUUUUUAAAAAGUGUUUUUUUAUUAAGGAAAAGUAGCAAACCGUCCCUAAAUAUUUCUUUUCCCGUUUCUUCACGAAUCACGACCCUUUGCCUUCCCAGCAAAGGAUCGCCUUGGCUCUCUCAUCCAGUCAUCAACCAGACUAUCAUGGCGGAAUCCGCACGUUCAGAAGAAACAUGCCCAAACAUCAAUGAGAAAGCUAAGAAAGAGGUUCACCAUGACAAGGAAACACAUGGAAGGAGUGGAGAAAUUGAUGAGAACACAUCAGUUGAUGAAAUUAAGGGACCGAAUGUGUUUGAGCGUGCUAAGGAAGAAUUUGACGCGGUUGUCGAUGCAAUUCUUCCUGGCAAAAAGAAGGAAAAUGCCCAAACAUCAUUGACAAAGCUAAGAACACACCAGUUGAUGAAAUUAAGGGACCGAGUAUGUUUGAGCGAGUUAAGGAAGAAGUUGAGGCUGUUGUCGGAGCAAUUCUUCAUGGAAAGUGAUUCUUCAUUUCGGAUAUGGUUCUUAGGAACACUCAUUGUCACUGAGAAUGUUAUUAUUAACGUAUUUAAGUCUUGAUGUUUUAUUAAAUAUUUUAAUAAUGUUUGUGUAUCAUCCUCUUCUGUAUUUGGUAUUCUCAUGUGUAUAAUCAUGUGGCAUAGCUCUAUUAAGCACUCUAUUAUUUGUACAUGAAAAGCACUCCUAAUUAAUUUGGUAUUCUCACUAUUUUAAAAAAU